AUGAAUUAUGUUGAAUUACCAUCAAAUAGAAAUUUGCAAAAUGAUCUUUAUUAUCAACCAUUGAAUAUUGAUGAUAAACGAGAUCAACGAUAUAUCUUUCCUAAUCACUUUUCAUUUAUUCAAAGCAAAGCUGAACUAAACUCAAAACUAAAUUCAAAUUAUAAUUAUAGCAAACGUUUCAACACACUGUUUAUUAUUUGUAGCACAAUUAUUUUUUUAUUUGCUAUAGCAGCAAUGGCCAUUUCGAUUUAUUUACUUAUUCAUGUUAUGGAAACAACAAAAACAACUAGCACAACAACUACUAGUACUCAACUCCGUUGGAAUUCAACAAGCUCGACAAUAGUUGGCAUAACGAGUUCAUCAGGUUCAGCUUCAAAUCAAUUAUAUACUCCUUAUCAUUUAACAUUAGAUUCAAAUGGUUCACUAUAUGUUGCUGAUUCCGAUAAUCAUCGAGUUCAAAAAUAUUUAAAAAGUGCAUCAACUGGAACCACAGUAGCUGGUAAAAAUGCAACAGCAACUACUGCUUUAGAUAAUUUAUAUUAUCCAACUGGAAUUAUUGUUGACUCCAGUAUGAAUAUAUAUAUAGCAGAUACAAACAACAAUCAAGUUAUGUUUUGGUCGAAUGGUGCAUCAUCAGGAACACAAAUAGCUGGUUCAAAUCAACUCUAUUAA